ACGCUUGAAUGCAUCACAGUUGUGUAUUUAUUGAAUGCAUUCAAUGAGAAUGUGGGUACCAUAAAGAAAUUAACUAUUUUCAAGAGUCUUAAAAGUGAUAAACAGGAACUGAGUAAGAGAAAUAUUUUGGGUGUUUUCUGAAGUGGUUCUUCUGUAUGGGUCUUUUUUCUUAGAGAAAAAAAUGGGUUCAAGAUUUCAUGUCUCUCUGCUGGUUAUUUCCAUUCCAAUUUUACUUGUAGCAGCACAGACAAAUCAGGACUUUGUUGCUUUGAAGUCUCUCAAAGAUGUCUGGGACAACACACCACCCAAUUGGAUUGGUUCGGAUCCUUGUGGCAGCGGUUGGGAAGGAGUUCGGUGCACCAAUUUCCGCGUCACAGCUAUUACAUUAGCUAGCAUGGGUUUAACUGGGACGCUGUCUGGAGACAUUGGAUCGUUAUCUGAAUUACGGACUCUGGAUCUGUCAUACAAUACGGGCUUGACUGGACCUAUUCCUGCAUCGAUUGGAAAUUUGAAGAAGCUCACAAACCUAAUCCUGGUUGGCAGCGGUUUCAGCAGUCCUAUUCCUGGAACAAUAGGAUCUCUGCAGCAGCUGGUCAUUUUGUCUCUAAAUUCCAACAGCUUCAGUGGACCAAUACCACCCCAACUUGGUAAUCUAUCAAAUCUUUAUUGGCUUGAUCUAGCUGACAAUAAGCUUUCUGGAGCUAUCCCUGUCUCUGACGCAACCACACCUGGUCUGGACAUGCUGACCAAAGCGAAGCACUUUCAUUUUGGAAAGAAUCAACUCUCCGGUGAAAUCCCAUCUCAACUUUUCAGUUCAAAAAUGACUCUGAUACACGUGCUUUUCGAGAACAACAGUCUCAGCGGCAGCAUCCCUUCGACGCUGGGACUUGUGCAGACUUUGGAGGUGCUACGCCUUGACAGGAACUCAUUAACUGGACCUGUACCAUCAACACUCAACAACCUUGUAAAUGUCAACGAGCUAUUCUUGUCCAAUAAUCAACUGACUGGCUCCUUGCCCAAUCUUACGGGCAUGAGUGUUCUCAACUAUGUGGAUAUGAGCAAUAACACGUUUGAUGAAUCUGACUUUCCUCCAUGGUUUUCAGCUUUACAGUCCUUGACAACACUAGUGAUGGAAAACACAGGACUUCAAGGUCAAAUUCCGGUCAGCUUCUUCACCCUUCCUCAGUUACAGACUCUGUUAUUGAGGAACAACCAGCUUACUGGCACUUUGGAUGUCGGCUCCAGCUAUAGCGACCAACUUCAACUCAUAGAUUUGCAGAACAAUAUUAUAGUUGACUUUAAACAGAAAAAGGGAUUCAAAAUUAAACUAAUCAGACUCGCGGGAAAUCCAAUUUGUCAGGAAAUUGAAGGGACAAGCCCAUACUGUGGCCUUCAAGAGACUAAUUCCACAUAUCCAACACCAGAAAGCAAUUGUAUUCCUGCAACAUGCAUUGGAUAUCAACUCUCAAGCCCCAACUGUAGAUGUGCGUAUGCAUACGUGGGUACUCUAUACUUCAGAGCUCCUUCCUUUUCAGACCUUGGAAACUCAACAAUCUACACAUCUCUCACGGACUCCCUGAUGGAGUUUUUUCACUCGCAUCUACUCCCGGUAGAUUCAGUUUCCCUCAGUAAUCCGACUAGAAAUACGGAUAAUUACUUUGUGUUGAGACUAGAAGUUUUUCCUCCAGCGGGUCAAGAUGCUUUCAAUCGAACAGGAAUUUCUGGAAUUGGGUUUGUGUUGAGCAACCAAACUUUCAAGCCUCCCCACAAAUUCGGACCCUUUUCUUUCAUUGGUGGCCCAUAUCCAAAUUUUGAAGGAUCCACAGGAACUCACAAGUCAUCAAGUACUGCCAUAAUUAUCGGAUCGGCAGUUGGUGGUUCUGUCCUAGUGCUACUCGCCCUCCUUGCGGGAAUUUACGCUUUCCGUCAAAAGAGAAGAGCUGAAACAGCUGAUAAACAGAACAAUCCUUUUGCUUCUUGGGACCCAAAUAAAAACAGCGGAGAUGUUCCUCAGUUAAGAGGAGCUAAGCCCUUCUCAUUUGAAGAGCUUAAGAAAUACACAAACAAUUUUUCAGAAACCAACGAUAUUGGAACUGGCGGAUACGGGAAGGUGUACAGAGGAAUUCUCCCCAAUGGACAACUGGUUGCUGUCAAACGGGCUCAAACAGGAUCAUUGCAGGGUGGUCCCGAAUUCAAGACUGAGAUUGAGCUUCUAUCCAGGGUACAUCAUAAAAACGUUGUCAGCCUCGUGGGUUUCUGUUUUGAGCAUGGCGAACAGAUGUUAGUGUAUGAGUAUAUUCCAAAUGGUACCCUGAAGGAGAGUCUUUCAGGGAAGUCAGGAAUCAAGUUGGAUUGGAUGAGGCGGCUUCGAAUAGCCCUAGGAACAGCAAGAGGUUUGCAAUAUCUACACGAGCUUGCUAACCCUCCUAUCAUACAUAGGGACAUCAAAUCGAACAAUAUCUUACUGGAUGACCGCUUGAAUGCAAAAGUUGCUGAUUUUGGUCUAUCCAAGCUCCUUGGUGACCCAGAAAAAGGUCAUGUUACCACUCAAGUCAAGGGUACAAUGGGUUAUAUGGAUCCUGAAUAUUACAUGACCCAACAACUGACCGAAAAGAGUGAUGUCUACAGCUAUGGAGUGGUAAUGCUGGAGCUGGUCACUGCAAGACAGCCGAUCGAUAAAGGAAAAUACAUUGUAAGGGAGGUGAGGCAGAAAAUGGACAGGACAAAAGUCGGAUAUAACCUCCAAGAAAUUAUUGACCCAGCCAUUUUGGGCAUCACAUUGGGAGGUUUAGAGAAGUUUGUGGACCUGGCACUGAGGUGCGUUGAAGAAGCAGGAGCGGAGAGGCCUACGAUGGGUGAGGUGGUGAAAGAGAUUGAGAGCAUCAUGCAAAUCGCCGGUUUGAAUCCCAAUGCUGACUCUGCAUCCACGUCAGCUAGCUAUGAAGGGGCGAUUAAAGGGUUCGACCAUCCUUAUAGCGAUGAAAGCCUCUUUGUUUACAGUGGGGCAUUUCUGCCAGCAAAGGUAGAGCCACAGUGAGAUCAGUAACUUGCAUUCGGAAUUGGUUCAUAGAAUCUUUGGUUUGCCUUUUUAAGUAGAGAAUAUGACUUGCACUUUAAGUAGAACAUUUUUUGUUGGCGUUGAUCCUUGUGUACUUGUAUCAUGGAGUUGAAUUCUUAGCUUUUGUUUCUUUUUGUUGGAAAGUACCAUAUUUGUGAGUAAAGGAUAAUCUUUGUCAAAGCCUUAGAGGUAAGACGCGAAAAACUGAGCUAGAAUCAGAA